AUGGCCUUUACCGUAGCAGGCCACUGCUGCAUCGAACGACCAAACGAUUUGAAGAGUUUGGAAGAUGCUGUUGAAGAAAUAGCACUAUUAGAUGAUGACGAAAAAAUUGCAUAUUUAAUAGGAGAAGUCUUUAUAUAUCAGAACACCGAAAAGACACAGAACUGCUUGGAUGAUGCCAAAAAAGAUAUAGAAAAGGAAAUUAAAGACUUAACCAGUGAAUCUGUUGGGGUUACGGAAUUGAUGAGUGAUUUAAAGACCCAUUUGUAUGGAAAGUUUGGUAGCAGCAUUAAUUUAGAAGCAGACGAAGAAUAAUAAAAUGUAGAGUUGUAGCGCUUCGUUAAACUAAUUUGUUAACAAUUUUUUUGUAACAGCAUUUAAUUGCUUCAUAUUUAAAUUAAAUAUUCUACUGAUUUUAUUUA